CGCCGCAAGCGGACCGCGUCCUCACGGCUUGUGGCCGGUUGCGGCAGCCCCUCAGCGGCGGGCGAAGCCGUCUCCACAAACGCUGCCCUGCGUCUGAAGAACCCAGCCGGACGCAGCUAACGCAGUUGCUCCUAGAAUUCAUUUUUAACUUUUUAUUGUCCACAGAAAACACUGGAAAAUGUACAUACAAGUAUACAGCUGGCAGGACAUGAAAGAAAGCCGAAACAAAAAGAAAAGAAAAAGGUCCACAAGGAUAACUUUUGGAGCCAAGAUUGUGCGUUUCUAACACAGUCGCAGGUGGUGCUGGUAUUGCUGCUCUGAGGACCACAUGUUUAGUAGCGAGGUCCUAGUCCUGUGAUUUUACAGACACGAGGAAAAUAAGGCAGAGGCUGAAGCCAAAUAGGAUGGGUGACCAGGUUGGUGAACCCAUGUCCGAGUCCCCUGGAAGAGUUACAGAAAAGUUAUCGCUGACACUUGUUAACGGCAGAGCUCGGGAGCUGGACAGGGACCAGACCACCACCAGCACGUCGGAGCAUGUCCUCCACGAGACCAUGGCGCUUCAGACAGUUACCCACCUUCUCAUCUUCUGCCUCAGUCUCUCACUGCUCAUCUCCAUAAAAAAUUCCUUUUGCAAUAAAAAUGACACCAAGUGCCUCUCAAAUUCUUGUCAGAACAAUUCUACAUGCAAGGAUUUUUCAAAAGACGGAAGUUGCCAUUGUUCAGGCACGGCCAUUAAUUUGGACAAAGACUGUGACCAUGAGAAAGACCCUUGCUUCUCCAGUCCCUGUCCAGGAAAUGCCACUUGUGUGAGCAUCCCAGGACAGAGGAGGUUUCUGUGCAGAUGUCCUACUGGGUACAGUGGGACCAACUGUAACACGGCCAUUGCUCCCUGUAGCACCAACUCCUGCCAACACGGAGGCUUUUGCCAUCAGGACCCUGUGCACCCUGUGUGCAUCUGCCCUGCUGGAUAUUCUGGAAGAUUCUGUGAGCUGGACCACGAUGAGUGUGCAUCCAGCCCCUGCCACAACGGUGCUGUGUGCCAAGACGGAAUCAAUGGCUACUCCUGCUUCUGUGUCCCAGGCUAUCAAGGCAGGCACUGCGACUUGGAAGUGGACGAGUGUGUGUCAGACCCCUGCAAGAACGAGGCCACAUGCCUCAACGAGAUAGGACGGUACACUUGCAUCUGUCCCCACGAUUACUCCGGUGUAAACUGUGAAUUGGAAGUUGAUGAAUGUCGGUCCCAGCCCUGCCUCAGUGGUGCAACCUGUCAGGAUGCUGUGGAGGCCCCUUUCUGUGACUGUGCCCCCGGCUUCCUGGGUGCUGGCUGUGAGUUCAGCACUGAUGAGUGUGCCAGUGGGCCGUGUCUCCAUGGAGGGCUGUGUGUGGAUGGAGCCAACAGGUACAGCUGUAACUGCAUGGGUAGUGGAUUCACAGGGACAUUGCAUUGUGAGACCUUGAUGCCUCCAUGUUGGUCAAAACCCUGUCACAAUAAUGCUACAUGUGAGGACAGUGCUGACAAUUACACUUGUCACUGCUGGCCUGGGUACACGGGGGCCCAGUGUGAGACCGACAUCGAUGAAUGCAGUAGUAACCCCUGCCAGUCUGAUGGGGAAUGCGUGGGGCUGUCUUCAGGGGAAGGGCAUGGGCACCUUGCCCAGCUGCUCUCUCUGUCCAGCCGCCCCGAAGCCUCAGGUUACAUCUGCAUCUGUCCACCUGGACUCACAGGGGUCCACUGUGAAGAGGAUGUCGAUGAGUGCUCUUCAAGCCCUUGCCAAAACGGUGGUACUUGUGAGAACUUGCCUGGGACUUACACUUGCCAUUGCCCAUUUGAUAACCGUUCUGGAGCAUUUUAUGGAGGAAGGGACUGUUCUGAUUUGCUCUUCAGCUGUACUGAUCACCUAUGUCUAAAUAAUGGAAUGUGCAUCCCUCAACUCCGCAAUGGCCAGCAUGGAUUCAGCUGCCUGUGUCCCUCUGGCUAUACUGGGUCACGGUGUGAAACGGUCACCACACUUUCUUUUGAGGGUGAUGGCUUCCUGUGGGUCCCAAGUGGCUCAGUGACAGCCAAGGACUCUGGUUGUAAAAUAGCCCUCAGGUUUCAGACUGUCCAGCCAGUGGCACUUCUACUUUUCCGAGGUGACAGGGACGUGUUUGUGAUACUGGAGCUGCUCAGUGGCUAUGUCCACUUAUCAAUUCAAGUCAGGGAUCAGCCAGAGGUGGUCCUGUUCAUCUCCCACAGCACCAGCGAUGGGGAGUGGCAUGCAGUGGAGGUGACGUUUGCAGAGGCUGUGACCCUCGCCUUACUUGACAAGUCUUGCCUGGGAACAUGCAUCAUGAGAGCUCCUUCUCCAUUUGGAAGCGAUGGGUCAACAUGUGCUUUACAAAACUCCUUUUUGGGUGGUUUACCAGAGGGAACAGCCCACAGUGGUGUUGCUCUGCUUAACAUCUAUAAUAGACCAUCCAUACCUUCGCUUGUGGGCUGCCUCCAAGAUGUUCAACUUGACUCGAAUGCCAUCACCCUGGAGAACAUCUCGUCUGACUGGUCAUUAAAUGUCAAGGCAGGCUGCAUGAGAAAGGACUGGUGUGAGAGCCAACCCUGUCACAACAGAGGACGCUGCCUCAACUUGUGGCUUAGUUACCAGUGUGAUUGCUACCGGCCCUACCGAGGCCGGAGCUGUCACAGAGAGUAUGUGGCAGGCAGAUUUGGCCAAGAUGACUCCACUGGAUAUGCUGCUUUCCAUCUUGACAAGAGCUACGGAGAGGCCUUCACGCUCUCCAUGUUUGUUCGAACACAUCGUCCAUCGGGCUUGCUCCUAGCUCUGGAAAAUGGCACUUGCCAAUACAUCCGUGUUUGGCUAGAGCAUGGCAGACUAGCAAUGCUGACUCCAGGUUCUCCCAAAUCAUUAGUAAAAUUUCUUCUCAGCGAUGGAAAUGUCCACUUGAUAUCUUUGAAAAUCAAGCCAAAUAGAAUCGAACUGUAUCAGUCGUCACAAAACCUAGGAUUUAUUUCUGCUCCUAUGUGGAGACUCCAAAGAGGAGAUGUCCUCUACAUUGGUGGACUGCCUGACAGACAGGAGACUGAAGCUUAUGGUGGAUUCUUCAAAGGCUGUAUUCAAGAUAUAAGGUUAAACAACGAAAAUCUGGAAUUCUUUCCAAAUUCAACGAACAAUGCAGCCCAGGAUGCAGUUCUUGUCAAUGUGACCCAAGGCUGUCCCGGAGACAACCUGUGUGAGCCCAACCCCUGUCACAACGGAGGCAUCUGCUACUCCCUGUGGGAUGACUUCUCCUGCUCCUGCCCUGCGAACACAGCCGGGAAAGCUUGCCAGGAGGUUCGCUGGUGUGAACUCAGCCCGUGUCCUCCCCGGGCCCAGUGCCAGGGGCUGCCUCGAGGAUUUGAAUGUAUCGCAAAUGCUGUUUUUAAUGGACAAAGCAGUGAGAUAUUAUUCAGGAGCAAUGGGAAUAUUACCAGAGAACUCACCAAUAUCACAUUUGGUUUCAGAACAAGGGUCGCAAAUGCGAUCAUAUUGCACGCAGAGAAGGAGCCUGAAUUCCUUAAUAUUAGCAUUCGGGAUUCCCAGUUAUUAUUUCAGCUGCAAAGUGGCAACAGUUUCUACACACUGAGUCUGACAAGUCUGCAGUCAGUGAAUGAUGGCGCGUGGCACCAAGUGACUCUCUCCAUGACAGACCCACGGGCCCAGGCUUCCAGGUGGCAAAUGGAAGUGGACCAGCGAACACCUCUUGUGACCAGCUCAGUGGCUACUGGGAGUCUCAGCUUCCUGAAGAAUGAUAUAAACAUUUAUGUGGGUGAGCGAGCUAGUGACAACACGCAGGGCCUGCGAGGGUGUCUAAGUACAAUAGAAAUCAGUGGCAUUUAUCUCUCUUACUUUGAAAAUGUUCAUGGCUUCAUUAAUAAACCUCAGGAGGAGCAGUUUCUCAAAAUCUCUACACAUCCUGUGGUUACCGGCUGUUUGCAGUUAAACGCCUGCAAUUCCGACCCCUGCCUGCAUGGAGGACAUUGUGAAGACACGUACAGUUCUCAUCACUGCACCUGUCCCGUGGGAUGGUCAGGGUCACACUGUGAACUCGACAUUGAUGAAUGCCUUUCAAACCCCUGUAUCCAUGGCAACUGCUCCGACAGAGUUGCAGGCUAUCGCUGCAGGUGUGAGCCUGGCUACACUGGUGUGAACUGUGAAUCAGACGUAGACAAUUGCCAGAGUCACCUGUGUGCGAACGGGGCCACCUGCGUCAGUGACACCAGUGGCUAUUCUUGCCGCUGUCCUGGAAAUUUCACAGGAAAAUUCUGCAGAUACACCAGAUUACCCUCAGCAGUCUGUGGGAAUGAGAAGACCAACCUCACGUGCUAUAACGGCGGCAACUGCACGGAGUUCCAGGGUGAAGUAAAAUGUGUGUGCUGGCCAGGUUUCACUGGGGAAUGGUGUGAAAAGGACAUUGACGAGUGUGCCUCCGAUCCCUGCCUCAAUGGAGGCCAAUGCCACGACUUGCUGAACAAGUUCCAGUGCGUCUGUGAUUUGGCCUUCGCCGGCGCGCGCUGUGAGCUGGACUUGGCAGACGACUUGCUCUCAGAUGUCUUCGCCGCCAUCGGUUCAGUGACUUUAGCCUUGUUAUUGAUCCUCUUCCUGGCAGUGGUGGCCUCCGUCGUUGCCUCCAACAAGAGGGCAACUCAGGGGUCCUACAGCCCGAGCCGUCAGGAAAAGGAUGGCUCUCGCGUGGAGAUGUGGAGCAUGACGGCUCCCCCUGCAAUGGAAAGGCUGAUUUAGGACCAUCCUGUCUCUAGAGGAAGAGAUCCACACACUGCAAAAGGGACACUUGUACCUGAGUGUUUUUCUGACAAACCUGGAGACAUCAGGUUACAACUGGGACCACACUGAAACUGUGGGAAGGACUCCUUUGACCACCGUACGGAUGUUCAUAGUGGUUCAACUUGACACCACUAUUUUAUUGUAUUAUGUUAGCCAAUCACGGAACAGUGUUUCUUGUGCCAAUAAUUUCAGCCUCAUAAUUAGAAAAAAUACCUUCCUGAGGAUGCGACUUCUGGGAAAAGCUC